AUGGUAACUUCAAAAAAUUAUCAGAGGUACGCAAAUGUCCAGGGACGCAUUUGUUAUAGGGACGCAAAUGUCCGGAUAAACAAUUCUCUGGUACACAGUUGUCUGGGACGCAAAUGUCUCGUACUUUGUCUCUUGUUGUCUGUUUCUCUGUCUGUCUGUCUAUUUAUCUAUCUAUCUAAAUCUUUUUCUAUCUAUCAAGUUCAGUCUGUUUCUACUUAUCCAUUCUUUCUUUCUUUCUUUCUUUCUUUCUUUCUUUCUUUCUUUCUUCUUUCUUUCUUUCUUUCUUUCUUUCUUUCUUUCUUCUUUCUUUCUUUCUUUCUUUCUUCUGUAGUAUCUAUCUAUCUAAAUCUUUUUUCUAUCAAGCCCAAUUUGUUUCUACAUAUCUAUUCUAGAUCUUCUUUCUUUCUUUCUUUCUUUCUUUCUUUUUUUCCCUCUUUCUUUCUUUCUUUCCUUCCUUCUUUCUUUCUUUCUUUCUUUCUUUCUUUGAUUCUUCUUUCUUUCUUUCUUCUCCAGUAUCUAUCUAUCUAUCUAUCUAUCUAUCUAUCUAUCUAUCUAUCUAUCUAUAAUGACAACACACGCUCUCUUAUUCAUUUCCUCUUUCUCUUUUAUCGAUACACUCACGCUCUCUCUCUCUCUCUCUCUCUCUCUCUCUUUCGGUGA